AUGACGGGGCCGCCGUCCUCUUCCUACCCCAGCCAGGUCUCGCCGUCAGCCGUCGAGAUUUCGCCGGAAAAUCGAAGAGAAAAGCUCGGUUUCGCCCGAAACUUCGCCGGCUUCGUUCUCCGUCGUCUGGCCGCCAUUUUUGGCGAUCAAGAUUUAAGGAGUGAACCCGGCAUGGGUGUGAUGCUGGGGUCUCCGCAGGGUUCGUCUCGGGUUCCGGGAAAUUCGGGACGGGAAAAGCUACAUUGGAGGAGGAAUAAUGGGUUUGAUGCAUUGGUUGAAGAGGUGUCUUCAUUUUGUGACAAACAUCAUAUUGAUGUUCCUAACAUGGAUGAUGCCUUCGUACUUCCAGGGAGGUCAAGGCGUAAUGCUCCAAUAAAGACAAAUCGUCAUCAUUAUCAUGUGGAGCUCUUUAUUUAUGUCAUUGAUGAGCAACUUACGGAGUUAGAUGAUCGUUUUAAUGAGGUAAAUACUGAGUUGCUUAUUUGUUUGGCAUGUUUGAGUCCGAAUGAUUCAUUUGUAGCUUUUGAUAAACAAAAGCUACUUCGUCUUGCUCAAUUUUAUCCUCAAGACUUUUCAGAUGGAGAUCUUUUGGCACUUGAAGAUCAACUUGAACUUUAUAUUCAUUAUGUGUGUUCAAGUAGUGAUUUCUUUGACUUGCAAGGGAUUGGUAAUCUUGCAAAAAAAAUGGUGGAGACAAGGAUGCAUCGAGCAUUCAAUUAUGUGUAUUUGCUUAUUACAUUGGCUCUAGUUUUACCGGUUGCUACUGCUUCAGUUGAGAGGGCAUUUUCCGUCAUGAAUAUUAUCAAAGGUCUACUUCGAAACAAAAUGGGAGAUCAAUGGUUGAGUGAUAGCUUACUUGUUUAUGUUGAGAAGGAUGUUUUUGAUUGUAUUGAAAAUGAAGCUAUAAUGCUUCGUUUUCAAAAUAUGAAACCUCGUCGUGGCCAAUUGUAA